AUGGCUGCUACCAAAAAACUUGGAAAAGAACAGUUGGGGAAACGGAGCCGCAGAAGGAUUAGGGCGGCCUCGCCGGCGUCUCAGGACCGACUCCAAACGUCCUCAAGUUCGCUCCAAGAGGUGCCCCGUUUAAAACAGGCUUACUCUCAAAUGCGGAGGCCGCCUUUGAGGACCAACUGCCGCGAAAUAGCAUAUGGACUAGGACACGACCUAGUCCCAUCUGAAAGGAGCUUGCAGCGCAUUUCUCUGUGCUCUUUAGAGAAGGAAUGUGUCACUAUCAUCGCUACCUUCUCUGUGGGAGAAGAGAAACUUCUCUCUUUUCCCAUUCUGCCGAAACCCGCCCCAAUCCGGCUUCCGUCUGCCAUUCCGCAGGAAGGUGUUCCCGUCAAUCUCAUAAACGACUUUCAUGCUGGGGACGCCAAGCUAAGCCUCUCUGCUGGGAGCCUGCAGCUAGAGCACCAGAGAAAUGUGGAGCACAAAAGGAGGGAUUUCACCUCUUGUGGGAACAGGAAGCUCUACUUCGACACCCAUGCCUUAGUGUGCUUACUCGAAGAAAACGGGUUUACCACGCAGCAAGCCGAAAUCACCGUCUCUGCGUUGGUCAAGAUCACGGACGCCAACAUGGAUAUCGUCUACAAGGACAUGGUCACGAAGACGCAGCAGGAGAUCACUGUUCAGCAAAUAAUGUCUCAGAUUGCUAAUGUGAAAAAAGAUAUGAUUAUUUUGGAGAAGAGUGAAUUUUCAGCCCUCAGAGCAGAAAAUGAGAAAAUAAACCUCGAACUGCAUCGGUUAAAACAGCAAGUAAUGGAUGAAGUGGUCAAAGUCCGAACAGAUACCAAAUUAGAGUUCAAUCUAGAAAAGAGCAGAGUGAAGGAAUUGUAUUCGUUGAAUGAAAGGAAGCUGCUGGAAAUGCGGACGGAAAUGGUGGCGUUGCAUGCCCAGCAAGACCGGGCUGUCACCCAGACGGACAGGAAGAUCGACACUGAGGUCGCCGGCCUCAAAACCAUGCUGGAGUCGCACAAGCUGGACAACAUUAAAUAUUUAGCAGGCUCUGUGUUUACGUGCCUAACAGUAGCUCUGGGAUUUUAUCGCCUGUGGAUGUAAUAAAGUGUCUAUUUAAAGAAAUCCUUAUCAUUUCGCCUUAAGAAAACCAGAUUGCUGUCCUCCACCGCCCUCCAUUUCCAAAUUUUAAGCCUGGUUUUGACUUAACAAGUAUUAUUUAUUUUAUGCAGAGUGUGGACAUAUGACCCAGGAAGGAAGUCAAGAAUUUCAUAAUUGUUCCUUUCGUCUUUUCUGUCUCAUUGGCUGUGUAAUGCUGAGUGGUGGCGGACAACGCAGGGGAGACCCCGCUUGGCCGGACCCGCGAACGUGGUCUAACCUGUGGGACUUCCCAGCAGUAGACCUUUGCACCCCUCGCCACAACAUCACAUCUUUUGUCAGAGGAUUUGGGAGUCUCCACUUAAAACGCCCAACGUCUUCACUAAGUGCUAAAGAAUCACCGAAACUAAACCAAGAGCACCAGACCCUCGGUCCGUACCGUCAGCCAGUCCCCGCGCUGCGCUGCUGUGUCUCCAGCCCCGUUGGUCGGGGCGUUGAUGAUUCACCUCUACUGCCCACCCAAAGCAGAUGCUUCUCCCCUUCAUUUCCGUUGUCUCGGGUAUUGUCAUGGUUAUUCUUCAUGUGCCUUCCAGCCAGGAAAUCUUGUGGCCUCAUGACGCUUUGUGACUGUGCUGCGGACUCUGGCCCCGCAGAGCCCUCUCGCUCAGUCUCCGGAGGCGAGCCCCGUAGGAGACUCCGUCUGGGGCAGUGCCUGCCUAGGAAACGUCCUGAUUCCCCGCAUGGACGUCUGGCGACAGGGCCUCCUUCCUUCUGGUCCUCAUCGGCUUCGCAUACGAGAGAGUCACUCGGUUCUCCUUCUGCAGAAGUGUCUGGAUCUCUAGAUGGAGUAUGCCCUUCUUACUCAAGUCUUUGAUGAAUCUGCUCUAAAAUGAGAGAACUAUCAUGCCAGGUUAUCGUCCAGAUCUGGGUCGAUUCCUGUGGUUGUGAAAGACAUUCUUAUACCUACCAUACUUCUGUUUUUAAAACAAUGUCCUAGAGACGGACGGGGUCCUUUCAGAGAUGCACAUUCUCCUGUUCCCGGGAUGACCCGUGUUGGGGGAGGAUACGCGUUUUUAGAACGAGGACCUGGAGAGCAUGAUUCCUGUCUCCGCACACACGUGCGCUCACGAUACCGUGCAGUGGUGAAGCCACAGAGACCAGUGCUGACCCGGCCGGUAGAAUAAGUCACCCAUCGUCCUUGUCCCAGCCACACCGGCAGACAAGUUUCCUCUGUCCUUUGGAUGUCAUUUCUAAACUUGCGAAAGUGCAAAAUCUCUGUCCCUUUUUACAACAUACGUUUAGCACAGAGAUUCUGAAGUCCAAAUAAGUAUGAAAAUCAAGUACUCAGGCAUCGGUGGGAUCAGUUUCAACGUGAAUAUAACUUAAUCGUCUUCAGCUUGAUCCAGAAUGAUCUCAGCUGCUCCAUAAAAUACCGUAGCAACAUGUCCUUCCCCGUCAGGGAAGGAGCCCCGGAAAAUACUGCACCCUUAGCAAUUGCCGUAAUUAUUAAAGAUUUAAGUCAAUGACAUCCCAUAAGACCACAUUUGCAACUACUUAAUGUAGAUAGAACUUUGGUUACUAGGAGCCUGGAGCAAGGGUCCAGAGCGCAGACACUCCUCCCAAAUUACUAGAAUCCCCAAGAGGAAAAAGCACUGUUGGCGAUUCUGUUUCAAAACACUAACUUGUAUAGGUUAAACAGAAGCAAAGUGACCUUACUUCCUGAUAAAAUAAUUUUUUAAGUAACAUUCGUUGGGGUGACGCUCUGUCAUCUGCCAAAAGUACUCCAAAUGGCAACCCCACUGCUUUAUGGUGGGCCGCGUCCACCCCUUGAUCCAGGGCCUUGGGCUUUGCCCCUGGCUCCUUAGGUACCAAACAGCCUCCCCAACCCGCAGCCUUGGGAACCACGACCUCACCUUGUGGUGGCCCAGGUUACACGCGUCCCUGGGGGUUCCCAGGGUUUGGGACCGUGUUCUCUUUGUUUGGUCACAUGGAUUCUAUUUGGAAAGCCUAUGCGCCAGGAGGACAAGCAUGCCCUUCCCGCUGCUGGUGGACCCAGGCCUCUGCGAGCGGUGUGACUGCUCCCUGUACACCCCCACCCUGCUCAGAGAGUUCAGAUCACUUGGGAAUUUAGGCCUCCGCCUAAUUUCAGAAGGGGGACGAUGCCCGGCAUGACUUGCGGAGAGCCCAUGGUCUGGGACCUGGAGAAUGACCCAGAGCUUGGGGCUGCGAACGGCCGUGCAGGUACGGGCGCCUGAGAUUCACCUGCCCAGAGCAGAGCAUCGAAUGGACAGGGUCCGUUUCCUUCCUCGAGGGCACCUCCACGUUCCUGCUGGCUUCUCUCACCAGGGCCUAAACUCCAGAUCGACUCCUUUCCUGCUCCGUUAAUAAGCAAAGCCUAUCUGUCUAUACAGUUCUUUCCAGGAAACAGGAUUUUGAUUUCGGGGCUGUCCUUGCUCCUUCAGUCCGUUUUCCAGCUUCAUCUCUAACAGAACCAAAUCCCAGUGUAUUCACUUUUUCCCUGAAGUAUGCCAAGUCCCUCGGUGGAGAAGUCAAGUUCAAGAAGAAAGGGUUGACUCAAACCAGACCUCUUGCUGGAAUUUAUCUCGGAACACUCUAAAAAUAAACCCCUUGAGCCACAGCGAACCGUGUCCCUGCCUGGGUUGUCCCCGGCUCUGCUCGUGCCCUUCCCUUUGUAGCUGCACUUGCCCUCGGUCAAGAGCUUCACCCCUGUGUCCCCGCCUCCCCUAUCCCUGCCUCAGCUCUGCGUUAACCAUGUCGGCACUGGCCCGGCAUCCUCUCCCCCUCACUGUGCUCUGUUCACACUGCCGCCGUCCUUUCUGAACAAACAGAACUCCUGUCUAGGAAAUCUCAGCUUACAUACAUUUACCGGAUUUGUGGCUUUUCUGACGCUGAAGCAAAAACAUGUUAAGCAGAAACGAUUGUAUUAUCUUGUGUUUAGCCUUUGUUUGGACUUUUAUUUUGAAAAUACUUGUCCUGCCACAGAUUUACACUCACGUUCCUUUGAUUAUAACCCAAAUCAUUUGUUAACCUUUUCAUCACCUAAGGGAACGUUCCAUUACAUUUUAUUGUAGAGUGGGUAUAAUAUUUUUAUUGUCUAAAAUAAAACGUGAUUGUUUUUAUGUGA